GAGAGAGAGAGAGAGAGAGAGACGGGUGGUGUUACGAGUGAAACGAAAGUCAUCCGCUGUUCCGGAUUGAGGAAACAGCAGCAAAAACACGAAGUGCUGAUUAUUUCUUGGGGAGAGCAGGACAAAUAAUCACCAGCAUGAGUAGGAAGGGGUCAAAGGUAGCCCCUGGUACAGAUGAAUCCCAUUCAAAGAUGUUUACUUCCAGACAAGUUACUAAAGUAACUGCACAAAACACACAAACUGAUCUUGCCUCACUAAUGAGUAAAACUCAAAUGUUAGAGGAGCCACAUCACAAUAUUACAGCCUCCAAGAGUUUAACCCAGUCAGUGCGAUCAGCUUCUCCUGUAUCCAGCUGUGUAUCCAUGAAGAGCAAGUUGUCUAUGGGAGAUCCACCAAACCUUCAAGAUGAGCACACAAACAAUCCACAGAGUUCAGUCCUGCAGGAGAGGGAGGGAUCUCUCUCACCAAUUCCCAGUUGUUUGUCCAUGAAGAGUCACCAGUCUAUGGAUCCCCCAUCGAGAUUCAAGAAGAAUGAUCUUCCAUCUGAACCAAUGUUAGACCCAACAGAGGCUGAACAUGAAGACAUGAGCAGCCCACAUGGGCAGAUGGCUAAUGAGGUGUUGAAAUUUAAUCUGAAGGAGAAAUAUCAGUGUUUGUAUGAAGGAACUGCAAAGCAGGGAAACCCAACCUUCCUGAAUGAGAUCUACACAGAGCUCUACAUCACAGAGAGUGAAAGCGGAGAGAUCAGUAAUGAACACGAGGUGAGACAUAUUGAGACACAAUCCAGGAGGUCGGCAACAGAGGACACACCCAUCAAAUGCAAUGACAUCUUUAAACCUUUAACUAGACAAGACAAACCCAUCAGAAUUGUGCUGACAAAGGGAGUAGCUGGCAUUGGAAAAACAGUCUCAGUGCAGAAGUUCAUUCUGGACUGGGCCGAAGGGAAAGAAAAUCAGGAAGUCUACCUCAUAUUUCCACUUCCUUUCAGAGAGCUCAACUUGAUGAACGACAAAAACCUCAGUCUUUCAAAUCUUCUUCAUGUCUUCUUCCCAGAAACAAAAGAAAUCGAAAUUUCCAGUGACAAAUAUAAAGUGGCGUUUAUCUUUGAUGGUUUGGAUGAGUGUCGUCUGUCUCUGGAUUUUCAUAGCAAUGUGAGGUUGUGUGAUGUAAGUGAAUCUGCCUCUGUGGAUGUGCUGCUCACAAACCUCAUGAAGGGGAAUCUGCUUCCCUCUGCUCUCAUCUGGAUCACCUCCAGACCAGCAGCAGCUGAUCUCAUCCCCUCUGAGUGUGUUGAUCGAGUGACAGAGGUACGAGGCUUCAAUGAAGCACAGAAGAAGGAAUACUUCAGGAAGAGAAUCAAUGAUCAGAGUCUAGCCAAUAGAAUCAUCACACACCUGAAGUCAUCAAGGAGCCUCUACAUCAUGUGUCACAUCCCGGUGUUCUGCUGGAUUUCAGCCACUGUUCUAGAGAGAAUGUUGAGUGAAGCAGAGAGUGGAGAGAUCCCCAAGACUCUCACUCAAAUGUACACACACUUCUUGAUCAUUCAGACAAACAUCAAACAUGAGAAGGACUAUGAGAAGAAAGUGACAGAUGAAGACAUGAUCCUCAAACUGGGGAAACUGGCUUUUGAACAGCUUGUGAGAGGCCAUUUGAUAUUCUACGAGGAGGACCUGAGAGAGUGUGGCAUUGAUGUGAUAGAAGCAUCGGUGUACUCAGGAUUGUGCACUCAGAUCUUCAGAGAGGAGUUUGGCUUGUAUCGGGGGAAAGUUUUCUGCUUUGUUCAUCUGACCAUUCAAGAACAUCUAGCAGCUCUGUAUGUGCACAUAUCAUUUAGCCUGGGAAAUACCACCAUACUUUAUCGUUGGAAAACGUCUAACAUUGCUCCCCAAUUCAAAUUGUCAACCAUUUCUGAUCUGCACAAAAGUGCUUUAGACAAGACGUUGCAAAGCAAAAGUGGUCAUUUCGAUCUUUUCCUCCGUUUCCUCUUGGGACUCUCUCUUGAGUCAAACCAGGCUCUUCUGCACUGUGUUAUAUCCCAGACAUCAGCCAUCGCUUCUGAAAGUGUGACGGACACUAUAGACUACAUUAAGGUUCGACUAAGGAUGAAUCUCUCCCCAGAAAAAUAUAUCAACCUGUUCCACUGCCUUAACGAACUCAAUGACUUUUCUUUAGAGGAGGAAAUACAGAGUUUCCAAAAAAGCAGACGGCUUUCGAAAACCAAGCUCACUGCCUCACAGUGGUCAGCUCUGGUCUUUGUUCUGCUGUCAUCUGAGAGCUUUCUGGACGUGUUUGACCUCAGGAAGUAUAGUGAUAACAAUGCAGAUGAAUGUCUGGAGAGGAUGUUACCUGUUGUCAAGUCGGCAAGAACAGCUGAGGUCAGGCACUGCAACCUCACUUCCAGAGGUUUUCAGGCACUAAGUUCAGCUAUCAGCUCAAACUCCACCAACCUCAAAGAGUUGAAACUGAGUGGGAAUACUCUACAGGGUUCUGGAAUGCAGAUUCUCUCCCAUGGGUUGCGAAAUUCACACUGUAAACUUGAGACACUUGAAUUAUCCGAGUGUGGUUUAACUACCAGAGACUGUACCUUAUUAUCAGAGGCUCUUAAUUCAAAUCCUUCAAACCUGAGAGCGCUUGAUCUGAGCUUCAAUUUGACUGGGGAUACAGGAGUGACAGCAUUAUCAUCUCUACUGAAGAAUCCGCAGUGUGCGCUGCAGAAAUUAAAACUUUUGAGCUGUAAUAUUGCAGAGAGAAGCUGCAAGUCACUGGCUGAUGCUUUGAGCAGAAACACCACACUUCUGGAGCUGGACUUGAAUAAAAAUGACCUGCAGGAUUCAGGAAUAAAGCUGCUCAGUGCUGGACUGAAGAAUCCUAACUGUAAACUGACAACUCUGAGUCUGGAAGACUGUAGUAUCACAGGAACUGGAUGUAGAUUUCUAUGCUCUGCUUUGAGCUCAAAUCCUUCUCAUCUGACUGAACUCCGGCUGAACAUGAACAAGAUACAAGACUCUGGAGUGAAGUUCAUCUCCGAUGUACUGAAAAAACCUGAAUGUAAACUGGAGAGACUGAGGCUGUCAUACUGUGAUAUCACAGAAGGAGGUGGUGUUGCCGUGGCUUCAGCACUCCAGUUUAACCCCUCCCACCUCAGAGAGCUGGACUUGUCUGGGAACAAACUGGGAGAAGCGAAGAAGCGGCUCACUGCCCUGCAAGAACAUUCAAAUUAUAGACUGGAUAAACUCAUGAUAGACAGAUAACUUCAGUAAAGUCUCUAAUAUGAUAUUAUAUAACAAGUUAGCCUCUAUCAGGAAAACAAAUUACCAUAAAAAACAUAGUCAAGGUUUGGCUGGUUAUUAUGAUACAGUUAACUUUCAUACAUCCAAUAAUCAAUGUGUGCAAUGUAUUUUCCUCUGCAUAUGUUGGGCGAGGAUUUGAGUUUAUCCACUGGUUGUUGAUUGGAUUGUGAAAAUAUGGGCGUUGCCCCCGUUCCACUAUGCAGAUCUGAAUGUAAGUUUGCAGUGGACGGUCACACCACUGUGGUGCUCGAGUCCAAGCCGAUUAUUGGUGAAUUUGAGCAUCGAUCUCAACACGUUCAUGAUCAAACUGACAACAUAAACGAAUGAGCACGUCGCAGUCUUUGCUUAUGAUGAGGCUGUAGACAUUGUAAAGGGGGGGGAGGGGGGGGGGGCUCUUUCUUGUUCUGUGCAUCCCAGGAUAAGUGCAUUGCUGUUUGUUUGUUUUUUGAUCAUCCUGACUAGCCUGAAACGGCAACACUAACUACGUUUCCAUCCAAGGAUUUAUUUUUGUUGCGAAAAACGUUUCAGCGCAUCAAAAUAAAGCAUUAUUGCUAAAAUUUCCCAAGAGUCGACAUCAUAUUUCUCCAUUUAAAUCUACACUGUAAACAAUUUUAGCAGUAAAAUAGUGUAAAAAUGCUACAUUGAUUAACAAAUAUUAACUGUAAAAUAUACAGUAAAAUGUUUUAAUAUAUUUUAAGUCAAUACAGUAGUUUUUACAAUAAAAUGAUGUAAAAAUUAAAUAAUGGUAUAAUAACGAUUUUCCUCUAUAACCAAUGGUAAAAAGAACAAGAGAGUAAAUUGUUUACAGUAAAUUAUUGUUAAAAUUACAGUAAAAAAAAAAGGUAAUCGGGCGUUCCCACAAUUCGCUGCAUGACCCAUUACAUUUUAUGGGAAUAGUUAUGUUUCUUGUUUUUAAUAUCAGUUAUGUACACUGGGAUGUUCUGUGUUAUAUUUGAUGUAAUUUAGUUCAUGUUUACUGCAUUAUUUAAUUCUCAUAUGUGUUACCCUGAUGGUGUUUGUGUGAGUGAUACUGAGCGCUGUAUGUUUAUUGGUCAAUGCUCUGAGGUAUUUGUUAAUCACUGUAGUGACUACAAAGUAAACAACAGAUUUUAACAGUUUAAGAAGGCUUGUUAAUUUUAUUUUUAUUACUCUAUAAUAA